AUGGGUGGUGGAGGAGAACCAUGGGUGGUGGUGGUGGUUGUGGUGAAGAACCACGUGUGGUGGUGGUGGUGGAGGAGGAGAAAAAGACCAAGUUUAGUGGUGGUGGAGGAGGAGAACCAUGUACCCCCCCCCGACGAUGGCAUUUACUGGCAAGUCAACAUCGACCGCUUCCACCAGCAUUUCCGGGACCAGGGCAUCGUCAGCGCCGUCGCCAACCGCAUGGACCAGACCAGCAGUGAAAUAGUGCGGACGAUGCUGCGCAUGAGCGAAGUCACCACGUCCUCCGGCGCGUCCUACACCCAACCCCUCUCCUCCAACGAGAUCUUCAGGUCUCUCCCGGCCGGAUACAACAUCGUGAAGCAGGUUCUGGACCAAUAUCUCACCCUCUUGGCAGACGACCCGCUGGAGUUUGUGGGGAAAUCCGGGGACAGCGGCGGGGGCAUGUACACAGUCAAUCUUCACAAAGCCCUGGCCUCGUUGGCCACGGCCACCCUGGAGUCCAUCGUGGAGGAGAGGUUCGGCUCCCGCUGCGCCAGGAUCUUCCGCCUCCUCCUGAGGAAGAAGCACCUGGAGCAGAAGCAGGUGGAGGAUUUUGCCAUGAUCCCGGCCAAGGAAGCCAAGGAGAUGCUCUACAAAAUGCUGUCGGAGAAUUUCGUCUCCCUCCAGGAGAUCCCCAAGACUCCUGACCACGCGCCGUCCCGCACCUUCUACCUCUACACGGUGAACGUCACGGCCUCGGCGCGGAUGCUGCUGCACAGGUGCUACAAGAGCGUGGCCAACCUGAUGGAGCGGCGCCAGUACGAGACCAAGGAGAACAAGAGGCUGCUGGAGAAGUCGCAGCGGGUGGAAGCCAUCCUGGCGUCCAUGCAGGCCACCGGCGCCGAGGAAGCCCAACUGCAGGAGAUCGAGGAGAUGAUCACGGCCCCCGAGCGCCAGCAGCUGGAGAACCUCAAACGCAACGUCAACAAGUGA